CGCUUCCAUGUGAAUUGUCAUCAGGUAUAAGAACCGAAUGUGGAGAUGAUGUUUCAUUGGAAAAAGAUUGUCCCAAGACAUGUUGCUUUGAUGAGACAACAACUCCCAAAUGUUAUUUUGAAAAAAAAGGUAGGGGUUCUCUGUAAAAUGUUAUUUUGAUUGUUAAUUAUUGGAAGGAACACCUCCAGUCCUGUAUUCUAUAUUAUCCUGCAAUAUUAUAUUUUUAUCCCACGAUUUUAUUCCUAUCAUGACCAUUGCCACCCAUACUAUCAUCACCCUUACCAUUAUCACCAUUAUCACCCUUACCAUCAUCACCCGUAAUAUCACCACCCCUUACUAUCACCACCCUUAUUAUCACCACCCUUACCAUCACUACCCUACAAUCAUCACCCUUACCAUCAUCACCCUUACUUUCACCACCCUUACUAUCACCACCCUUACUAUCACCACCCUUACCAUCACUACCCUACAAUCAUCACCCUUCACCAUCAUGACCGUUACCAUCAUCACUCUUACCAUAAUCACCCUUACUAUCAUCACCCUUACUAUCAUCACCCUUACUAUCACCACCCUUUCUUCCUCACCAUCAACACCCUUACCAUCGUCAUCCUUUACCCUUACCAACAACAUAACGAUUAGCAUCACAUUUUUUUAUUUCAUUUCAAUUUUAGAUUACGGUCCAAUACAACAUUCUAACGGAUUAUGUGUAAAUAUGAAAGAUGGUUCUGACACUUUGAUUUGGUCAACAGACUGUACGUCAAGAAAUGCUUUCUUUUUGGUAUCAUACGACUAUCCACCAUAUCACGUGGCUACUGGGAAAUGUGUUUUACCAAGGACGUAUGUUCUGUGUUUAACAUAUGUUGGAUUAAAAGUUGUAAAUGUAAUACAGGUGUUCUAACAAGUACUUUAUUUCGAUUUUACUCUGUUGUUGUUUUCCAGGAAUUUAGGAGAUCCAGGAAAUGCCAACCUUUUCCUUAGACAUGGAUCAGUUUGUCGUGAGACAAGCGGAAGAUACCGACCAACAGCGAAUGACAAUUUAAAGUACUUUCAAGGGGAUCAUGAAUAUAAAAUAUGUUUAGGAAGUGAAUUGUUAAUAGGCACAGAAUGGGAACCGCGUGAAAAUCAGAGAGUCUCUAUCCAGGAAUCUGUCUGCGACAUAGAUAACUCUUGUCAACUAGGUUACG